AUGUCCGCCAUGGAGGAAGGCUGGCAAAUUUUGCCACCACAGCCGGAGGCUGGGCAACAGGACGUGGAAAUGGGGUCUCCACGUCCGGCUGCCGCCAGCAGCCCUUUGAAGGCUACGCCGCCACGACAGCCGAAGGAAGAGGGAUCGCCACCGACUUCCAGCACGAGGGACUCCGGGCCGCCAGACGCGAGCGACGAGGACCAUGAUGACAGCUCGGCCCUGUUCGGUGAGCUUGAGGAGCUCGAUGCGCCCGAACCGAAGAAGGCCCCGAGCCUGGACCUGCAAGCCUUGGCAAAGUUCAUGCACGAUUCGGAGCCAGCCUUGAAGACGUCCUGUGGGGAGGAUGUUGUGCUUCUGCUCGGAAGCACUGGCUCGGGAAAGACCUCCUUGGUGUACAGCAUGUCAGGACUUCGGCUUGUUGCAGCAUCUCACGGCGCUGCAGGAAAGAAGGUUUAUGAAGCCGAGAAGGCACUGGAUGGUUUUACCAUCGGUCACGAAGAGACAUCAGAGACGCAAAACCUACGGGCACAUCGCCUUUCCAGCGGCACAGUCAUCGUAGAUGCGCCUGGCCAGUUUGACACGCGUGGAAGCGAGGUGGACAUUGCGACCUCUGCGCUGUGCCGCCAGCUUGCCACCAAAUGCAGGAAGCUUCGCUUCGUCAUGUUGGUCGACUGUGGCUCGUUGCUCCACUGCCGAAUGGGCAGCCUUCGGCAGAUCACCAGUAUGAUUCGAGAAGCUCUUCCGGACUUUCCAAGGAACCAGGCCCAUCGUGGCGCUGUUUGCUUCCUCUUCACGCAUUUGGAAAAGGUGACACCAUACCCAAUGCCAAGCGACCGAGACGAAGCUCUCAAGCAGGCACGGGCCACUGUUGCGGAGCUGCUUUCACGAGCAUUGCAUGGCACUGACUGGAACGACGAUUGCCGCAUCGUCCUCCAAUGGAUGUGUCAAGCAAUCCAAAUGUACAACGAUGGCAAACUCAAAGUGCGCCUGGUGGAUGUCUACCACCCCGAGUGGUCGACCAUGGAAGACCUGGCAGCUGGCGUGGAACUCUUCAACAAGAGAGGUUAUUCCUUGGGAUUCGGUGGUGAGAGCCCUGGGGAAUCCGUGCGCUAUAUUCUCACUCAUCAGAGCAAGGCAAAGCUGAACAUAUCUCUGAAGCACUUGACGGCGAACUUCCAAAUCAAGCUCCGUGAGGGACGCACGGAUGAAGUCCGAGACCUUUGGCAGAGCAUCGAGAUGCUGCACACGUACUUGGCUUCACAUCCCGAUGUCAUGAGCUGCCUCAGGGAAAUGAAAGACCUGCUUGGCGGGACGCAUCUGCAACUCCAGCACGAGGCCACAUGCCUCAUGCAGCGUUGCGAAAGCGACGCGGAAGACUUCGAUCUUUCGCAGGUCAAGAGACUUCAGGGCCUCAUUUGCCAACUGGAACGCUUGCCCAGCAAUCCCAUUGACUGCGGCCUCGACUUCGUCCACAAGCUGCGAAUGCGUGCAAACGGUUGCAUGCGGCAGCACGGCGCGCACGUCAUCAGCGGAUUUUGCAAUGACAAGUUGCCGGAUACCAGAAAGCUUUGCCGAUGCAUGGCCAAGCUGUCGGCAUGGGCAUCGGCAGAACCAAACGAGUUCGAGGAGUUGCACCAUCAGGCUGCAAGAGCACAGCGGGACUAUUUGGAGCAGGUAGCAAAACGCACAUCCAGCUUGGAGAGCCUUCCGGAGACUGACGUGGAGACGCAAGUCUGGGCCACUGCGCAGCUUGAGCACUUGUCGUUACAUGCGGAAGCCCUGGGCGCAGAGUCCGAUGCAGCAGAGAAGGGCUGGGCCACAGCCCAACAUAUGCUGAAAGAGAGGCUUGAUGAUUUCCGGCACCAUGUCAAGACAUCUGCUGGCAGCAUCCUGGACGGCACGGACAAGGAGCUCUCCUGGUCCGGGGUGCGCGCAGCCAUUGCUAGCAUCGACGCUUGCGCCAAGCGGGUACAGGAAGAUGCCGCAGGAGCUCACCAGACCGCCCGGUGCCUCGAAGCAAUCCGCCGGUCCAUCAUUGGAGACAUCCAGGAGCUGCUCUCAAAUUUGCGUGGCGAAGCAGAAGCAGUUCUGCCGGAACAUGGUGAUGUGGCUCUGGCAGCUGGCACGAAGGUCAAGCAAGCCUAUGAUGCCAUGUCAGCCCUCGUGGCCACAUUGCCCCUUCCAGAGCGGGCAUCCUGCAACAGGUCGUACUGCCACAUGGCUGCAGCGCAGAGCACCUCCUGA